CACACUUCCUGUUUCGCUACAGACAACAUCUGAUUACUACCUGUGGCCUCACAGUGUCACUUGAGAAUGGACUGCCAGCAAUCUAUGAGGAUCUCUGUCAUCGUAGCUGCCCUGCUGUCCUGGACAGGAUCGUCCGCUGAAAAUCCAGAUAGUAAAAAACAAGGCAGAGCAUUUCUUAUUCAAGAAAGUUGCAAGAAUGGUGUGAGCGUCUUUAAUUUGGAUGAAUCCGACGUAUCCCACCUGACAAGUAGGGUCACUACGUUGGUGAUCCCCAUCCUGUACACGGCUGUGUUUGUCAUCGGGCUGCCUGCAAACAUGGCAGCUCUCUGGGUCUUGUUAACCAAGAUGAAAAGGGCCCCCUCUACCAUCUUACUCACCAACUUGGCUCUUGCUGAUCUUCUGCUGAUCAUAUUCCUGCCCUUCAAAAUCGCCUACCACUUCCUGGGCAACCACUGGAUCUUCGGGGAGCCCCUGUGCCGGACCCUCACUGCGGGCUUCUACGGAAAUAUGUACGGCUCCAUCCUCUGCCUCAUGUUCAUCAGCAUUGACAGAUACAUUGCCCUGGUCCACCCAUUCUCAGCAAAGAGCUUCAGAAGCAAUAAGCUGGCUGUCUCUGCUUGCAUGGUGGUUUGGGUCCUUGGCGUCGGGUCCAUGUCACCCUUCAUCUUCACUCAGCAGUCCUACUCCUUCGAAAACACCAACUUCACCACCUGUCAUGACGCCUUGCCCAAAGGGCUGCAGACAAGCUUGUUCUUCUACUGUUUCCUGCUUCUGUUUGGAUUUGGAUUCCUGCUUCCGUUUUCUAUCGUAUUUUUCUGCUACAUUUCCAUCUUGUGGGCCUUGAGGAGGAGCCUGGAGCGUUGCAUCCGCACAAUAAAGAUCACGGCCCUGGCGCUCGUGGUUUUCAUCGUGUGUUUCUUUCCCAGCAAUGUCACCUUGCUUCUCCAUUACUCUGAAUCUCACCUGGAGAAGGCCAGUGCCUUGUACUUCCCCUACCUCAUCAGCCUGGCUCUCAGCACCUUCAACUGCUGCAUCGACCCCUUCAUUUAUUACUAUGUGUCAGACGAUUUCAGAGCCAAAGUGAGAGAGGCAGCUGGAUGGGUCAGCCAACACAGUGGGACCCAGAGUUCCCAAAGGACAGGGGAUGUGUGCAUAACAAACAGGAGCAAGUCUGGAGAAGCCAUAUGAGAAGCACACCCGUGUAAAGAUGGGUAUGGAUUCAAUCCUUUUAGAGGGACAACAUGUGUGUUCGGUCUAACAUUACUUCCCCUUUAUAAUGUGAAAUCUCUUUACUGGUAGCCAAAUAUUAAAACAAGUUUUCAGUAGAGCAUGUCCUUCCUUUAAGGGGAUACUGAUUCUUAAAGAGUAAUACGGGAGAUUUUGCAUCUUAAAAAGAUGAAAGUUUGUGAAACUUGUACUGUAUAUACAUUUAUUUGUUCUGUAAAUGAAAUUUCAGAAAAUCCUAUUUCUUUAUGUAAGUCCUCAGAUCUGAUAGAUGUUUAGGGCUCCAACACAAGCUGACUGUAUUCUUUAUGAUGCGAGUGUGCUCUCAUCAUAUAUGCAGUGCUCACCCUUUAUAACGCUAUAGUGGGGAGCCAUAGUUACAAGACCGUGCUAUUUGUGUUCCACCUUAUAACAAAUAUAAAAACUAUAACGAGGUGCGUUAUAACGGGUGAGCACUAAUAUAUAUAUAUAUAUAUAUAUAUAUAUAUAUAUAUAUAUACACACACACACACACACACACACUGUAUUGCUUUCUCAAAAUCACAACCUAAGAUGUUAUUGAAUUAUGAUUAAUAUAACAUAAUAUUGCAUGUUAUUGUGUACUGCAUGGCAAAGUGUAAUCAAUCAUAGAGCAUAGGUAAGCAUUGUAAAGCCCAGAGAGGUUUGGUGAAGCAUUUAUUAUUAAUAAUAAUAAUAAUAAUAAAACACAGCUAAUAUAGCUUUAAAUAUUACGUUUUUAAUCAAUCCUAUGCUUUACCUGCUGUAAUUCUAUACCUUGCAUUUCCAUAAACUCUUUUUUUAUAUACCUGUA